UUUUUUUUUUGGAUUUUUUGGUAAUAAUCACAGAUAACAGAGUCAACACUGACAAGAAAACAAAGAAGACAGAGGAUCAGAGGAACAUAGUUGGCAAAAUGAUAACCCAUGUCCUUCUUUUAUGUUUUUUCAUCACUGAAGUAGCAUCAGGAGGACCCACAGCCAAGUCAGGCUGUCAAAAGCAAUGCGGAAACUUGAGCAUCCCAUGCCCUUUCGGAAUCGGAUCCGGCUGUUUCCUCAACGAAUGGUUUGAAGUACUCUGCAUCAAAGACAACAUCACACCACUUUUAAGACACAUCAAGCAAGAAGUGAUGGAGAUUUCCGUCGAAGCUGGCACGAUUCAGGUUAGAAAGCCCAUUACCUUUUGGAACUGCAACAGAGAAACCCGCCAGAGCCCCAACUUGGAAGGUAGCCCUUUUGUGUUCUCACAGAAGAAAAGGUUCACCGCCGUGGGUUGUGGAGCAUUCAGGUUGUUGAUUUCGUCAAAAGUGUCAACGAAUAUUGCCGGCUGCAUGUCCACUUGCGGUGAGACUGGAAACCACAGCUGUAGUGGGGUAAAUUGCUGCCAGGCAAACAUCCCCUUGAAUCUAAAUUCCUUCAAGACCAGUUUUCAUACCGUUGACCGCGAAAAAGAGAAGGUUUGCAAGUAUGCUUUCCUUGUGGAUCAAGAUUGGUUUAUGUCCAAUUUUACUGAUAUUUCUUCGUUUAAAUAGAUGGUUGAUGUGCCUGUGUUGCUUGAAUGGGAAUUAUACUAUUCAGCUUUUGAUGUAUUUGGAACUUCUUUUGAGACUAAUAAAUCAACUUGGUCAGAUUCCAAAUGCUAUUGGGAUACUGUAAACUCCAAAUAUGGAUGCUACAGAAAUCCCACUUGCUAUACAUAUUAUAAUGGUAUUGCCACUUCUUCUUCAUCUUCAGUAAUAUUCAAUCAGUCCAGGGUUGAAUGUAGCUGUGGAUGGGGAUUUGAAGGAAGCCCUUAUCUUAUUGAAGGAUGUAAAGGUAUGUUAAAGUAAAGCUUUACACCCUUUGUACAUUUAAACCGCAAUAUUCAUGAAAAUUUCAAAAUUUCGGAAGUAUCUGAAAAUAAUAUGUUUGUUUUGGCAGAUAUUGAUGAAUGCAAGGAACAUAGCAAUGGCUGUACACAGUAUGGUGGAAUUUGCCAAAACGGUUUUGGGGGUUACGGAUGCUACUAUCCAUCUCAAACGAAAUGGUGAUUUAUUGUUGCAACAAAAAUUAUCUUUAGAGGAAGUACAAUUUGAUACUAAAACCAAGAUGUUCAAUUCAAAGGAAUUAUAGAAAUCUGCUGACAAUUUUUAUGGAGAUAGAAAUCUAGCUCAGGUGUGGCCUAGGUAUUGUUUACAAAGAAAUGUUGGAAAAUUGAAAAUUUGUUACCGUGAAGAAGUCUAAAAUAGUUCAUGAAGAGAAACUAACAAAAUUCAUUGAUAAGGUUAUCAUUCUUUCCCAAAUUAACCACAGGAACGUGGUUAAACUGCUAGGAUUCUAUUUAUACCCUACGGUACACUUUCCUGAGCAUAUUCACGACCAAAAUGAAGAAUUUAACUUUACAUGGAAAAUGCACUUAUGCAUUGCACCAGAAAUUGUAGGAGCUGAUAUGUCUUACUUUACAGUCUGCAACUUCCUUUCCUAUUUACCACUGAGAUAUUAAAUUAUCAAACAUACU